GAAAGAAAAGAAUAAGAAAAGGCGAAACUGCAGAACAGAGCUUUGACUUUCCGGACACCCUCUCUAAAACCCAGGGGAGGGAAAACUACCUGAACUGAAAACGGUUAUUUCUUUAAAGGUUUAGGGUUUCAUCUCAAAUCUUCACUGAACUGUGCGAUCUUUGGCUCUUCACACACUCACACAGAUUUCCCCAUGAGUUUUGAACCUUUCUUGUUUGCUCCAUUGCGUAUUAUUCAUGGCUGACACCAGACGUUACCUUUCCAAUCAACCUUUAGAUCUCGAACAGGUACUGCAGGAAACCCAGCACCGUUGGCUUCGGCCGGCUGAAAUCUGUGAAAUCUUGCGCAAUCAUCACAAGUUCUACUUGACUCCGGAGCCCCCAGUCAGACCUCCAGGCGGUUCCUUGUUUCUAUUUGAUCGGAAAGUACUACGGUAUUUCCGUAAAGAUGGUCACCAGUGGAGAAAGAAGAAGGACGGUAAAACUGUGAAAGAAGCUCAUGAAAAGUUGAAGGCAGGCAGCGUAGAUGUUCUUCACUGUUACUAUGCCCAUGGAGAGAACAACGAGAACUUUCAGAGGCGAAGUUAUUGGAUGCUUGAAGAAAAGUUGGAGCACAUUGUCCUUGUGCAUUAUAGAGAAGUAAUAGAGAGCUACAGAGUAGGUGCCUCCCGUCUGCAACCUAUUCAUCCAGGUCAACUGCUUGAAAAUCCUAGUUCCUCGCCUUGCUUUGUGUCUGGCCUAAUAGUUCAGGAAUCUCAUACAUCAAGUCCAAGCUCAGUUGACUGGAAAGAACAGGCACUCUCUUCUGAGCUUUAUACUGGCGAUUCUAAAGGAAAUGAAGUGAACCCCUUGCUUGUUCCUGCAAGUGGUCAUUUCUUGCCCAUUACCUCUUCUUUCAGCACAGAGAAACCAACAGGACUUGUGGAGUUCUCGAGGGACAACUUUCAGCUCAAUCCACAAUUUGGCUCAUUCGUGUCUAUUGACGCUCAGAGCUCAGACAGAAAUUUAAAUGUUACACUACAGAAAAAGUUCUACUCAGGAUACCUUAAUGUGGCUGAUUUGCUGUCCAGUAAACUCACUUAUGCAAGAUUAGAUGGUGGUAGAGCUGUUAAAGAUGUGGCAAACAGCAGAAACAGAUUGACAAUUACUUCUGGGGAAGUACUUGAGGAGAAUAUCCAUCUAGCUCCAGCUCAGAUACAGAACAUUUCUAGUUCUCAGACUGUUGUUACUCCUGAUGCUGCAGUUCAAAAUAGUUCCUUAGAAGGUAGACUCAACAGUGAUGAAGCUGGCAGCCUAAAGAAACUUGAUAGCUUUGGCAGAUGGAUGGAUAGAGAGAUAGCUGUAGACGGCAACGAGUCAUUGUUGGCCUCUGAUUCUGGCAACUAUUGGAACACCCUUGAUAAUGGGGAUAAAGAAGUUGCCCGUUUAUCAUGUCACAUGCAGUUGGACACCAACUCUUUAGGCCCUUUUCUAUCCCAAGAGCAGCUGUUCAGUAUCUCUGAUUUUGCUCCUGAUUGGGCCUACUCAGGAGUGGAAACAAAGGUUUUGAUCAUAGGUACCUUUCUUGGCCAUGGGAAGCAUCCUACUUCUCAGAAAUGGAGCUGUAUGUUUGGUGAAGUUGAGGUCUCUGCAGAACUUCUGACUCAGAGUAUCAUUCGAUGUGAAGUUCCUUCUCAUUCUCCUGGACGUGUUCCUUUUUAUGUAACCUGCAGUAAUAGGUUAGCAUGCAGUGAGGUGCGGGAGUUUGAAUAUCGUGAAAAAUCAUCAGAACUAGCUCUUGCCCUUAGACCAAGUGAUGAAGUGCGUCUGCAAGUGCGACUAGCUAAAUUGCUAUAUUCAGGCCUGAAUAAAAAAUUCUUGGAUUGCUCUAGCACAGAUUGUGAAAGAGGUAAAUUGAAGACUCUGCUAUGUUCUUUGAAAUGCAACAUUGGAAAUGCUUCUGAAAGUUUAGAGGACUUACUUGCCAUUAUUGAAGGCAAUCACAUCAACUUUAGAGAUACGUUGAUUCAGAGUUUCAUGAAGGAUAAAUUUUAUGAAUGGCUAGUCUCUAGAGCACACGAAGAAGAUAAAGGUCCAAAUAUUUUGGAUGACGAAGGACAAGGGGUUAUUCACUUAGUCGCUUCUCUUGGUUAUGAAUGGGGGUUGGUUCUAUUAACUGCUGCUGGUAUUAAUCCUAAUUUGAGAGAUGCACGUGGUAGGACAGCUCUCCACUGGGCUGCACAUUAUGGAAGGGAGGAUAUGGUUAUUGCACUUGUCAAGCUAGGUGUAGCUGUUUGUGCUGUUGAUGAUCCAACUGCUGCAUUCCCUGGGGGACAAACAGCUGCUGAUUUGGCUUCUAGUGGAGGUCACAAAGGGGUUGCUGGAUAUUUGGCAGAAUCAGAGCUUACUGCUCAUCUUCAAUCGUUGGCUAUCAAUAAUAAUGCUCUUGACAGUAUUUGUGCUGGGCUUGAAGCUGAAAAGGCUUUUGAAUCUGCAGCUCAAGAGGUUGUUCCUUUGAAUGGAACGAUACAUGAUGAUAUUUCCUUGAAAGGAUCUCUUGCUUCUGUGAGGAAAUCAGCUCACGCUGCAGCAUUGAUUCAAGCUGCUUUCAGAGCCCGUUCAUUCCAUCAGAGGCAGCUUAGGGAGAGUAGAAAUGAUGUUUCUGAAGCUUCAGUUGACCUUGUUGCUUUGGGCUCCUUGAACAAGGUCCAAAAGGUGAAUCACUUUGAGGACUAUUUACACCCAGCUGCCAUAAAAAUCCAGCAGAAAUAUCGUGGCUGGAAGGGGAGGAGAGAAUUUUUGAAGAUACGCAAUCGGAUAGUGAAAAUACAGGCUCAUGUACGCGGACAUCAAGUUCGUAAGCAAUAUAAAAAGUUUGUUUGGUCGGUCAGUAUAGUUGAAAAGGCCAUUCUGCGUUGGAGGAGGAAAAAACCAGGAUUGAGAGGAUUUCAGCCAGAAAAAACUAGUCAGAAAGAACUACCUGAGUUUGAGAAGAACGACGAGUAUGAAUAUCUAAGUAUUGGUCGAAAACAGAAGUUUGCUGGAGUUCAGAAGGCUUUGGCAAGAGUUCAGUCCAUGGUACGUCAUCCAGAGGCAAGAGACCAGUAUAUGAGGCUGGUUGCAAAGUUUGAUAGUUUUAAGUUGGAUGAUGGAGGGAGCAGUAUAUAGGUUUUCACCAGUUUAGCUUUUCAGUUUACGAGCAAAGGCACUCUCCAACUAUUUUGUAGACAUGCCCAUUAACCACACCAAAAUGUACUAUUUUGAGUUUAUUCUAGCCUAACAUGAAAUUUAGUCAUCUCGAAGAGAAAGGAGGACAAUGUACAUUGCAUUUUCUGCUGUUGUAAUCACACCCAGUUCCCAUUAGGAUAGCAUGGAUGAAAUUUAGCAUUUCAAGAGAAAUUGUAUAGCUAAAGGAACAUGUUGGUCGCAUUUAGGCUGAAUGCUAAUAGAUGCCAUCAACUGACCAUAACUGGGAGCAUAAGUAAAUGUGUAUCAUGUUAACAGUGUGGAUAUUUUCUUGCAUCAAAUGUAAAUACUUGCCUACAAUGUACAUAACUUUUAUAAGGUAGUUGGAAUAUGAUUGUCCGAAGUUUUGAAACUA